AUGGGGGCUGCAAACUCUAAAGUAGAGGAAGAUAAGGCCCUGCAGCUAUGUCGAGAAAGGAAGAAAUAUGUUAAGCAGGCACUUGAUGGAAGGUGCUCACUAGCAGCAGCUCAUCUUAUGUAUAUUCAAUCACUAAAGAAUACGGGAACCGCUCUUAGGAAAUUUGUCGAUCCUGGCGCUCCCAUUGAGUCUUCCUUGUACACUUCCACUAAUGCAACGCCAGAGCCUCUUGUUCAAACUGAGAAGUCCCUUUCUCACUUCUCUUUUUCUUCUCCAUCCUUGUCACAACGCAUUGAUGCAGCUGAAACUUUUUCUCCAUCUCCGUCUCCUCCAAAUUCUACCCGAUUUCACGUAAAUCAUAUGAAAUUCAGGGGUAGCUUUUCUAAAAAGGUAGAAGAAAAACCUCCUACGCCUGUUACCGCAACAGUAACCUCCUCGAGCACCCCACAGAAUACCACGCCUCGCUCCACUGAAAAACCUGAGGUAUCACCAUUUGAAGCUUCUUCGCACCCACCUCAAACUCCACCAUGGGAUUACUUCGAUUUCUUUCACCCAAUUGACCAUCAGUUUUCUUUUCAAGAAGGGAAGGGAGUGAACCAGGUGUUCGAAAAUAAUGAUGAUAUGAGAAGACUUAGGGAAGAGGAGGGAAUUCCUGAGCUGGAAGAUGAAGAAGAGAAGGUUUCUUUUCUAGGGGGGGAAGAAUCUGAAGAUUCUGAAGAUGAAUUUGAUGAGCCUGCUACAGAUACUCUAGUUAGAAGUUUUGAAAACCUUAAUAGAGUACAUGAUCAUGUUGAAGCUAGCGCUUCACCCACAAUGCCUUCUGCAGAAAGUGUAACUUCAGAAACUGAGUUACUGAAUGGGGAGAAAAGUAACUCUCCUGAUUUGUCGCCAUUAAGAGCCACAUCCUCAGUAUUUGCCGUUGAAACUGACUCAAAUAGAACACCAGUUAAAGAAGAUUGUAUUGAAAGUAAGGUUGCCCCAAAAGAUUUUUUUUCAAGCAUGAAAGAUAUUGAAGUUCUCUUUAUAAAAGCGUUCGAGUCCGGUAAAGAAAUUCCCAGAAUGCUUGAAGCAAAUAAGUUUCAUUUCCGUCCGCUAUUUCCAGCAAAAGAAACAGGUGGAUCAAUUUCAUCUACAUUCCUGAAGGCUUGUUUCUCCUGUGGUGAAGACCCAAGUCAAGUUCAGGAAGAGCCUCCUCAAACUGCUGUGAAGUACUUAACUUGGCACAGGACGACAUCAUCUCGGUCCUCUUCAUCGAGGAAUCCUUUAGCGGCAAACUCAAGAGAUGGUAUUGAGGAUCUUACUGGUAACCUCUUUGAUAACUACUGCAUGAAUUCAGGCAGUCAUGCCUCAACCUUGGAUAGAUUAUAUGCGUGGGAGAGGAAGCUUUAUGACGAGGUCAAGGCUAGUGAGAUGGUUAGAAGGGAUUACGACAUAAAGUGUAAGAUUUUAAGGGAACUAGAAUCAAAAGGAGAAGCUUAUCAAAAAAUUGAUAAAACUCGUGCUGUUGUCAAGGAUCUGCAUUCUAGGAUCAGAGUUGCUAUUCACAGAAUUCACUCUAUAUCAAAGAGGAUUGAGGACUUACGAGACAAAGAGCUUCAGCCACAACUUGAAGAGUUGAUUGAGGGGUUAAGUCGGAUGUGGGAGGUGAUGCUUGAAUGUCACAAGCUUCAGUUUCACAUAAUCUCGAUAGCUUACAACAAUGGCAACACCAAAUUCUCUGUACAGUCAGAAUCACGUCGUCAGAUUACCAUCCAUCUUGAAGAUGAACUCAACUCUCUAUCGUCAAGUUUUAUGAAGUGGUUUGGUGCUCAAAAGUCUUAUCUGAAGUCUAUAGAUGGCUGGCUUUUAAAAUGUAUCUCUUUGCCACAGAAGGCUUCCAAAAAGAAAAGGAGGCCACAAGAAAUCCCCUUUCGGUACUAUGGCCCUCCAAUAUAUGUCACCUGUGGUUUCUGGUUAGAGAAGCUUGAGAAUCUUGAGAAGCCGCCUGCCAAGGAACUGGUAGAUUCUAUAAAGAGUUUAGCAGCUGAAACUUCCAGUUUUUUACCACGACAAGAAAAGAAAGAAGGGAAGGAUGCUAACCAAUCAGAUUUAACAUCCUGGAAACAUGAUAAUGGUAGUGAUUCUGCAGUUAAUAUGUUGAGAGAUGAAGUUUCUCAAGACUGGGCUUCAGGUUUAGACCAUUUCCAAAUAAGCUUGGCAGGGUUUUGUUGUAAGUUGAACAACUUUGCAGAGUCAUCUGUGAAGAUGUAUGCAGAUCUUCAGGAGGCCAUUCAACGUGCUAAGAGCAACUAUGAGCAGUUUAAGGCUCAAUCUUCAGUUUGA